AUGAAGUUGCACUAUCUCAUUCAAGGUUUGUGCUUCCUGACGGCUGUCGAGGCACAGACCGCCAAAGACGACUAUGAUGCACUAUGUGACUCUCGGGACGAGGAUAUCCUUACCGGGGGCAACGGAGAGAACUUUGCCUAUGUCUGCGGGAUGACCGCAAAGGGAGGCCGCAAUAAUAUCAUCGACACCCUUGAAAAUGUCGGAUCCAGCAGUGCUUGUGCGGAUUCAUGUGCUGCCGUUGAUGAAUGCAAUGGAAGCACAUGGAACUACUUACUCAAAUCCUGUUUGCUCCACAGAGAUGCCGAGGAUAUAAAAAAUCGAAGAGGAGGACUUUUACUCCGUCGCGCGGACAGACGCCCUUCCGCAGAUUGCACGGUCAUUCAAAACGAGCUCAAGGAGUGCGAGGACGCGGAGAUCAUACUGCAAGAUGAUCUGAAUACGUGUAAAACUGCCCAUACUACAUCAGAGAAAGUAAACACCGAUCUGGAAGACAAACUUGAAGCUUGCGAGUUUGAGAGAGAUCUUCUUGAAUCCGAGGCGGCAACCACGCAGGACUGCGAAAGCGCGAAAGGCCAAAUUGAAGAUCUGAAUCAACAGGUGGAGCAGUGCAAGUCUGAUGCUUUGUCUACCGCUCUUGAUCUGCAUGAGUGCCAGAAUAUUGCUGCUUCUGGUGCCCUUGAGCUGCAGCAAUGCAAGAACGCCGCGGCGACAAACUCUCUGGAGCUGCAGCAGUGCAAGAACUCCGCCGCUUCGAGCUCUCUUGAAUUGCAGCAAUGCCAGACUACUGCUUCCUCCGGUGCCCUUGAGCUACAGCAAUGCAAGUCUAGUGCAGCGUCCACAUCCCUGGAGUUGCAGCAAUGCAAGGCCGCUGCUUCUAGCUCUGGACUUCCUGCAUUCAAGGAUUGCACAACUGGUGGUGAUGGACAGAUUCUCAAGAUCGGGAGCAGGAACUUCAAGCAGAAGUGCAAUGUUUCUAUGGCGAAGAGUCAGAUGCCUCUCAGAAGGGUUGUGAAGCCGGGUCUCAAUAGACUGGAGUGUGCCCUGAUUUGCGCUCUUGAUGCAGGAUGCCAGAAUGUUUACUUCGUUCGCUCAACUUCAACAGUUGGUGAAUGCCAGCUGCAGCAACAAAAUAUCGAGUCUCGCCUAGGGCGGGGCGAAGAUAUUGAUUAUAUCCCAGUAUAA